AUGGCACAUUCAUCUCCAUCAUCCGUUAAAAGUGAACCAACAGGAACAUUAUAUUCCGCUAAUGAACCAAAUUUAUCAUACACAUCUUUAUAUGAUACAUCUAUUGACAAUACUUUAACGAAUCAAACAAAUGAUAUACCUCCAACAUCAUCAUCAAUUUAUAUUGACGGACCAAUUGUUCCAUCAAAUGAUACUCCAUUUGAUCUUCUACAAGGUUUUUCUGCACCAACACUUCCAGUUUAUAUUAAUAUGGGAAUGAAUCAACCUACAGAUAAUGUAACUUUUGCAGGACCAAUAACAACAACAGAUCUACCUUUAUCACGUUCAUUAGCAUCUAUUAAUGUUGAUCAUCCACUACCUCCAACAUCAAUUCAAAGACAUAAUCAUCAACAUCAUCAUUUUCCACAUCAUUCACAAAAUCGUAAUCGUUAUCCAUAUUUAUUGGGACCAAUAAGUUCAAAAGGACUUACUCGAUCGUCAGAUUCACGAGGUAGUUUAGAUGGUCUACCUUAUUAUGAACAACGACCUGCUUUUCGACGUUCUUAUUUUGCUCUUAGAAGACAAAGAAUACCAAAAGCUCCACCAAUGCCAAAACAUUUAUUUCCUGGUUUUAAACAGAAUAGAGCAUCAAACAUAUAA